AUGGCUCCUGCGACUCCUGCAAAUGAUGAUUCCCAUCAGGAGCUUUUGAAUAGUCUCGAUAUUGCACAUGUUCCUCGCCCCUUCCGCAACCCGAGCUGGAGGCCGUCGCAGCGUCGCAACAAGAACGUCAAGCAGCUCCUCUCCGAAUCCUCACGCAAGGAAGCGUCUGUGAUGGCGACGCAGGCCAACUCGGGCGCAACGACUCCUUUUCCCGCCGCGACAUCUGCCACUACCGACGGGUCGCAGACCCCGACAGAAGAUGCCUCGAGAGUGCCCAACAUCGCCCAAGCGGCCCAGAACCUUUCGACACUGGUGCUGGAGAAGAAUGCGCGAGCCAUGUUCCCAUCGGGACCAGCCGUCACGUACACAAAUAUCGAGUCAGCCCCUUCGCUGCACCCCUCGCACCAGAAACACUACUGUGACCUGACCGGGUUGCCGGCGCCGUAUACGGAUCCCAAGACCAGAUUACGCUACCAUAACCGGGAAGUCUUUGGCGUAGUGCGAACGCUGGGACAAGGUGUUGCAGAGAGCUAUCUAGAAGCGAGGGGAGCCCAUGUCGUGUUGAAAUAA